CGAAACAGCACCAGUCUCACAUAGGUUCGUCGGGUGAUAAUGCAUUAAAGCUUCAUUCCAGCUUUCAUGCGUUUCUCUGUUUCUGGUUAAACUGAGCGCAGAUUAGUCGAAUUAUCUAUGUUAAAUAUUAUCAUACCAAGCAUUGCAUUUUGAAAGCUAAUUCUCUGGUUUAGAUCGGUUGAAAAAGGCAUACGAUUGUGAAUCUAACCAACUAAGGUGAACGAUGGAGAACCUUGCAAUUGAAAGUAAACCUGCUACAACGCCGAAAAGUAUCAAUCUAGAAACAUUGAAGCGGCUAUUGAACAUCCUUAAUCAUGUUUUAAUUGGACUUACAUUUCUGUACACGAUGUGGAUUUGCAGGAAAAAUGGGCUUGAGAAGAUUUUCACCUGGCACGUGAUUCUUUGCGUUUUCGGGUUUAAUGUGCUAAUGGCUGAGUCCAUAUUGCUUCUCUCUAGUGAUAACACAUGGAGCCAGCUACUAACACAACCUCAGCGUCGGACUGGUCACUGGUUGUUACAAGUAGUGGGCAGCGCAUGCGUCAUCGUUGGCAUAGCUUUGGAAUUCUACUGGCGUGGUGUUCUCAAUAAAUCACAUUUUUCUCAAACCCAUUCAAUUUUAGGAUUGAUAGCAUUAAUUGCUAUGAUACUUAGUAUAAGUAAUGGUUUGGGUGCACUUUACGCGAUCGAAUUGCGCCAGAGAGUUAAACCAGUAUAUUUGAAGACUGUACAUACAAUAAUUGGAUUAGUUUGCUUUGUAACUGGAAUGGUAUCACUGUGGUAUGGUUUUAAAAAACGGAUUUUUCAAGUUAAUGCAACACCGGAACUGGUUAUUGCAUUGCAGGCUUCUGUGAUUUUGAUUAUAAUUCUAAGUAUAGCAGGUGCUGUAGAAACUGUUAUUAUACGAAUGAUUUCAGUGAUUCGAAAUAUCAGGUAACGGUUUUUUUGCUGCAAAAAUCUCAAAAUAUCACGCUUCACGUUAGAAUGUCAACUGUAGCACACAAGUAAAACAGAGGCGUAUUUACAUGAAAUAUGUUGUUUUAUUAGACUUCGAAGAAAUUUGCUGCCGUAGCUAUUAGGGUUUAGGGGGAUUAGGUUUUCAUACCAUUUUAUAUGGGAAAAUUAACUCUUUCAAAAUUUGUAACCAGAGAUAUCCAGUUGCCUCUUUUGUUCAUGAUAUUUGCAGGAAGCUUUCCUGGAGAAAACUCUUUUGAAGACCGUAAGGCUCUGCAAUACUUCUAGAAAAAGUUAUUUACCUCAAACUGAUUGAAUAUAUAGUGUUGCUAGAAAAAAUGAAAGAUGAGCCGUUCGUCAGUAACUGAACGAACAAAAUGGGUUCACAGGCUCCUACUUGGUUACACUUUCAACAGGCUUGUCAUUAGUAA